AGAUGAGAAGUCAUUUCACAACAGUCGGACCAAAGGAGAAAGCAGGGAACAUACAAGAAUGGAAAAAGCUCUGUUCAUCAUAGCGGCAUCAGGCCUGUGUGCCGUCGCCUCAGAUGUUAAACAUUACUACCAGUUUGUUUAUGAGCUGAAGAACUGGACUGAAGCGCUGAGUUACUGCAGAGACAAAUACACAGACCUGGCUACUGUAGAAGACUUUAAGGAUGUGCAGAUGCUGAACAGCACAGUAGAUUUAAGCAAAAUGACCACCAUGGAAUACGGCAAUCGAGCCUGGAUCGGGCUGUAUGAUGACGUGAACAGCUGGAGGUGGCCAAUGUCAGAAAACAGUGAGGCUGAGUUCAGAAACUGGUCACCUGGACAACCAGAUAACCGAUGGAUUAACGAAUAUUGCGUACGGAUGCUUGAUGGACUAUGGUUUGAUUCACCUUGUGUGAAUGUGUACAGAUUUGUCUGCUCUGAUAACAGAGGGUCGACUAGGACAUUUGUCUACAUUAACAAUCCAAUGUCAUGGGCGAACGCCCAGAGCUACUGCAGAGUUCAUUACACAGACCUGGCCAGUGUGAUGAACAUGACAGAGAACCAGAAGAUAGAUAACCUGGUACCUACAGGGCUAAUAGUGUGGAUUGGCCUUUUCAGAGAGUCCUGGAAGUGGACAGAUGGAAGUAAACCCUCAUAUAUAUAUUGGAAAACAAAUGAACCCAAUAACAAGAAUGGAGCAGAGUCUUGUGUGGCAGCAAACUUUGAAGACAAUGCAAAAUGGGAGGACUGGAGUUGUGACUGGAAGAAGGAAUUUGUUUGCAAUGUUGCACCUGUUUACAAGGAAGUAGUGAGAGUGAAUCUGAUAAACUCUGCUCUGGAUCUGACCCAACCUGAUGUGAUGGAAGCCAUGCUGAACCAGAUCCAACAGAAGCUGAAGGAGCAGGGAGUAAAGGGAGACGUCAAACUGAGCUGGAGGAAGCAGUCAGAUGGAUCAGUCUUCCACAAGGACGAGGAAACGAAGAAGAGCAUCGUCUGAAAAUAGUUCAAGAAAUGUUGUUUUCUCCUUCGACCUUUCAAGUGCUAUUGUGCCAUAUUAUCAUAUUAUUCUACACUUUGUGUGAAUAUCUUCAUCCAAAUAAAACACAAAUCUAAUUUUGAUGUCUUUACAUAGUUUUAUUCUUACCUGUUAACAUUUAAAACACGGGACGUUUGCUGGGUAUUUGGUGACAGUACACUGUAAUUUUAAUACAUGCGGUUUUUCGCUGUUGCACUUUACAGACAGCUGAGUAUUUGGUGCAGUAGAAACAGAAUUAGAAGCUGAUUGAGGCUGUAAAGAUGGCGCACUCUUCACAA